CGGUGAUCCUGCGCCUCGCUAAGUAGUCCCGCUCAGGAUGCCCGCGGUGUACUUUUCCAGCUCACGAGGUCCUCAGUAGGAAGGAGUCGGACUCAGAGGUGCGUUGAGGUCCUGAGAGAAGGGCAAAGUGGCUCCGCUAACCCAUUUCCUUCAGAUUCCUCCGCCAGGACGCAUAGUCACAGCGCCUUCACUUCCGGGUCCGCCAUUUUAUUGCCUCCAUUUCUCCGCGAGGGGGGGUAAGGGCCCCCCAAAUAUGCAUAUGUGAAAAGGCCGAAAAGUGAGGCCGCUGGCAAGGAGUCUUAACUAGAGAAAGAAACGGGACCAAACUGGCGGGCCCAGUGAGAGCGAAGCCGGCAGCGCCCCGGACUAGGAUCCAGAGAGUUGAAGGAGAGAACCAACCCCUGCGAGUUAUCCUGUGGCUUCCACAUGCUAUGCUACCUGGAAACUGCUGUUUCUAUGCAUUAAGAUGUCUCUGGUGGACUUGGGGAAGAGGCUGCUAGAAGCUGCAAGGAAAGGCCAAGACGAUGAAGUGAGGACACUGAUGGCAAAUGGGGCUCCAUUCACCACAGACUGGCUUGGAACAUCACCGCUUCACCUUGCAGCCCAGUAUGGUCAUUAUUCCACAGCAGAAGUGCUCCUUCGAGCUGGCGUUAGCAGGGAUGCCCGGACCAAAGUGGACAGGACCCCUUUGCAUAUGGCUGCAGCUGAUGGACAUGUUCACAUCGUGGAACUGCUUGUUAGGAGUGGUGCAGAUGUGAACGCAAAGGACAUGCUGCAGAUGACAGCUUUGCACUGGGCCACGGAGCACCAUCACCGGGAUGUCGUCGAGUUACUUAUCAAAUAUGGAGCUGAUGUCUACGCUUUUAGCAAAUUUGAUAAGUCUGCCUUUGACAUAGCAAUGGAGAAAAACAAUACUGAGAUUUUGGUCAUGCUUCAGGAAGCAAUGCAGAAUCAGGUGAACACUAAGCACGAGAGAGCCAACCCAGUGGCUAACCCUGUGGCUGUGACUGCUCCGUUCAUCUUCACCUCUGGAGAGGUCAUUAACCUCGCUAGCUUUGUUUCUUCAGCCAACACCAAAGCAACCUCAGCUCAUUUAGAAGAAAUGGAAGAAGGAAAUUCUCUUGACUCCUCGAUCCAGCAAGUGGUGGGGAGUGGAGGCCAGAGGGUCAUCACCAUAGUGACUGACGGAGUCCCUCUGGGUAACAUCCAAACAUCACUCCCUGCUGGAGGCAUUGGCCAGCCAUUUAUUGUAACUAUGCAAGAUGGACAGCAAGUUCUAACUGUGCCUGCUGGUCAGGUUGCAGAGGAGACGAUCAUUGAAGAGGAAGAAGAGGAAGAAGAGAAAUUGCCAUUGGUGAAGAGACCAAGGAUGGCAGAGAUGACAGACAGUGUUGAGGAAAUGAAGGAAGGCAAUGAAAGAGAGCUACUGCAGCAACAGCUCCAGGAGGCCAACCGAAGAGCCCAGGAGUACAGACACCAGCUCCUCAAGAAAGAGCAGGAGGCCGAGCAGUAUCGGCUCAGGCUGGAGGCUAUGGCUCAGCAGCAGACCAACGGAGUUGAUGUCACCGUAGUUGAGGAAGUAGCUGAAGUGGAUGCUGUAGUGGUGACAGAAGGGGACGAGGUAGAAAGAGCAACACAAGUCAUGAAGUCAGGAAGGACCACGGAGCCUCACACUAACGUUUCCAUAGAAACUAUUUCAUCCUAACACCAAGGACCACAACUUGUGCUCCCUCAUCAUAUUCUUUGUAAGAAGAAAGUACAGACUGCAGGUACUGCGUACGAAUUAGAAUGUCCUUAAGAAGGUAACAGUAGCCGGGCUCAAGGCCUGAGCCUAGGAAGGCUGUGUGUGCAGCUGGAAAACUCAGAGCCACUUUAGGGGCAUCUGAGGGACCAAAGGACCAGGACCAAAUCUCUCAGCUCAUAUCGUUGCUUUAAACAGAGUACUGGGCAUUGUAGGUUGAAUUUUUUUUUAAUAGUUAGCUUUAUAUCGAAAGAUUUUAAGAUAGUACUUGUAAUACAUAUACACCAAGAGCCUUUAAUAGUUAUACCUGAAAUUUUUCAAGUGACCUGAAAAUUUGCCUUAGAUUUAUGAGAGUGAUGCGGUUGUAGGAAGCCUCCUCUUGAGGAAGAGUAAAGGAUAGCAUACAGUUGUAAAGAGCAGGCACACAAGCUCUCCCUAGUUAACCUACUGACAAGAAGUCCCUAAGCCAGGCGUGGUAGUACACACCUGUGAUGUCAGCACUCAGGAAGCUGCGACAGGAAGCUAUUUGAGGUCAGCCUGAGCUAAAGAGUCCUUCAAUAAAAGAGGGCCAGAUGUGGUGACACAUGCCUUGAGUUUUAGCACUUGGGAAGUAGACACAGGCAGAUCUCUUGAGUUCAAGGCCAUGUGGUCUACAUACGAAGUUCCAGGCCAGCCAAGGCUACACAGUGGGACCCUGUCUUUACAUACAGCAGAGCACAGCUGGGGUGGAGAAGUGGUGCUUGCUCUUCCAGAGAACCCAGGUUCUACUCCUAGCACCUGAAUCAAGCUGCUCACAAUUACAUGUCCAUCCAGCUCCCAGGGACCAUGCCCUUUUCUGGCAUGUGUGUAUAUCGACACACAUACAUUUAUAUAUACAUAUCAAUGAAAGAGUUUUAAAUUAAUAACAAAAAAAUUAAACUAGUUGAAUGCAGUGGUUCACACUUUGGGAACCUGAAACAGAAAGAUUAUGAGUUUAAAGCCAGCUUGAACUCCAUUGUGAGUUACAGGUCAGCCUAGGCUAUAGUGUGGGAUCUUAGUGCAAGAGAAAAAUCAAGUGUCAUGGUGUGCACCUCUAAUUGUAGCACUCAGGAGUUAGAGGCAGGAGGAUCUCUAAGUUUGAGGCCAGCCUAGUCUACAAAGAGAGUUCUGGUAUAGCCAGGGCUACACAGAGACACUGCCUCAAAAAUAGAGAAAAAUUAACAAAGAAGGGCUGACUUAGGAUUACCUGAUAAAUUGUGUCCAUUGCUUAGAUACAGUAUAAAAAAAAUAGGCAUAGUGGCACAUCCUGUAGUCCCAGCACUUGGGAGGUGAGACAGAAGACCACUGUAAGUUAAAGGUCAGCUUUGGCUUCAGUGAGAUCUUUCUCAGAAGAACAGCAAAAACCCAGAAAUGACCAGAUGGAGCAGUGACGGGCUCUCAUCCCUGCACUUGGGGAGCAGAGACAAGCAGGUCCUUGGGAUUCUAACUACCUGGUCCACAGGGUCAGUCCAGCCUAGCAGGGUUACUUAGACCCUGACAAGGAAUCCCUGAGGCAUAGCUCAGUGGUAGAACGUGGUGCUUAGCGUGCAAGGAAGCCCUGGGUCCGUCCUUUGGCACUGUAUGUACACAGCGAGAGGAGGGCACAAGUGCAGGGAAGAAAACCAUGGACACCAGACUUACACUCAGGAGAGAGGCUGUGCUGCUGAUGGGUAGGAUGUGCAGAGCAGCGCCCUCCAGGCUGUGCUUCCAGAGAGGCUUCUGGGCUCCGAGUUUCUGGUCCUGAGAUGGAAACUAUAUAUUGGCUGGACUUUAUAUUUAUUGUCAUUGUAACAACAUCUUUCAUCCAAACAUCUAUUUAUAUAAAAUCAAGCCUAAAACUCUUUAAAUUGUAUAAAAUUUGGCCAAAUUUUCUGUGUCAUGUGGGACACUGGUGCUUUCUGUAGCACUGAGCAUUCUGUCAAAAACAAAGCAGUGUGGCAGACUGACCAGGCUGGGGAGGUUUGUCCCUGUUUGAUUUAGUGUGAGUGCAUUGCUGCUUCUGUUAGUGUGGCCAUGGAGUCUGUGCCCUGUAGUGCUCAGGUGACAAAGGGAGCAGGUAUCACUGCCACAGCAAGGAGCCACCCCAGGCCCAUUGCUGACCUCCCCUCUCCCUUACUCCACAUCCCCCUUGCUCAGACCCUUGAAACAUUUUCAGUGCUAGGCUUUUGAGGAAGGGUUGGGGCAGGUCUCUCUAGCAUGAAGUGUAUGUUUGUGUUUGUAUAGCUGGACACGGUACUCAUGCCUGUUAGCAGUCAAGAGCUAUGGGAGGAGCAUUGACAUGAGCUCAAGGCCAGCCUCGUGCCUGUAAUCCCCACUCAGAGGGUCACUGGGGGUCUCAGAUGAGACUUCUAGGCAAUACAGUGAAAUCUACUCUAGGACAACAUGGACCACAGAGACUAUAGUCCAGGAUGUCUUGUACUGUAGUCCCUUGUAUGUCUUUUUAUGAGGUCCUGGGUUCAAUCCCCAGGACUGCAAAAAACAAUAUUUAAACAUCUUCUAGACAGGAUGUGAUAGUACACGUCUACAGUCCCAGAACUGGGCAAGGGAGGCAAGAGGUCAGAAGGUGAGGGUCAUCCUUGGCGAUUUUUCAAGUUUGAGCCCUGCUUACACCAAAGUGGGAGAGGAAUAAGCACUCAGAGAGGGAUUGGGGGUAGGUAAUGGGCAACGUAGACUUGCUUGCUUUAUUGCCAAUUAGAAGAAACCAGAGGGACAGGUGCCAAGUACACUUUUGAAUAACUGUUGAGAACACGGUUUCCGGAUUAGUGAUCAUGAAGAAAACAUGCAUUUUUAACCUGGCAGUUAACAUGGUUCUGUUUACCUUGAUUAGUGGGAUAAUUUGUUGCAGUGUUUCAGAGGUAUAGAAUCAUUUUUGGCUCAAAAUAGACUGAAAACAUAAUUCUCCAAGUCACAUUUAACAAAAUUGAAUAUUAGAGGUUUAUAGGCAAAAAUAACCAUUUUGAAAUUAACCUUGACUGCUAGCACUGUGGCAAGGUCUGCUCCAGGGCUCUGAGCAUCAGGGAUGAUCUAGUGUUGUGGGAGCAUAGGGAGGAGGCGUGUGAGGUUGAGGAUCUGUCUGCUGUGGAUUCUUCUGUUUGCAGCACUCUUCUGGGACACCCAGGGAAUGGGGUGCUAGCAGUAAGCUAUUGUGAGUGGCAUUUCAGAGCCUUGGUAACUAGAAGGAGCAGGUUUCAUGUUGACUUUAAUUUCCUUCCUUUUAAAGGAAUAGAUGCUAACUGCAGAGGAUAACUGUCCCUAACCACCUCGUUAUCUUCAGUAGUAUCUGUGGGGAUGGGAUCUGUCCGUCUAGUCCUCCCUUCUGAGCAGGGCUCCUUUCCACCUUUAAAGAGGACCAAGUUUCGUUGUUCCAAGUCACUUUUGAACAUGAGGUCCUGAGUUAGUAAAGGAGAGACGGACAGUGUCUGACAGGAAAGAGGUUCUCUUUUAUUUACUUUAAUAGACGCCUAUCAUCUCAAAAAGGAAGUAGGCUUUCCUUUCGAUUAGACUGCAGUGAGUGGGAGAGGGUGUGGGACGGGGUGAUUUCCCUUAGUUAGAGCUUAAGUAUUGAAUAGUCAAGCACAGGGCAACGUGAGAAACCCCAGCACUGGGGAUUCAGAGUUAGAGGCCAUCCCAGGCUACACAAAGGCGGUAUCUCAGAAACAAAAGAUGUGGCUGGAGAAAUGGCUCGGUGGAUAGGCAAAAAGAGGGUCCAGUGACCCUCCGAGUGGGGAUUACAGCAUGUCUUAGUCAGGGUUUCUAUUCCUGCACAAACAUCAUGACCAAGAAGCAAGUUGGGGAGGAAAGGAUUUA